AUGGCAGGAGAUAACGAUCAGCCAAAAUCUCCCAGCGGCUCUGAGAGGAGUUCAUCUAUAUGGCCCGAAAAUGACAAUCCGUUCAUCGCUUUCCGGCGUUUCGCCGACGAGCAGAUCUCAUCAAUGUUGCAGUCCGUUACGGGACUUCCCUCGAUGACUGCACGCCCAACAGGAGCUCUAGAAGACGGAAGUAUUUACAAAGGAACUAGUUUCCGAAGUGCAGGUGAUGAUGACCGAGGAUCACAUCCAUCGGUCUCCGGGAACGAUAGUAACAACGACAGCAGCUGGCCUGGAAGAUAUCCAGGCAAUACUAACUCGUCUCGGAAUGAUGACAAGAACAGAUGGUACCCUUCGUCUUCAUGGUGGUUGUGGUCGGAGUCCGAGGACCCGUGGCAGUCUCAUCCUAGAAGAUGGCUCCAUCGACCCUCUGACUUCUUCGGUUUCGAUUCCUUCGAUAAGUUUUGGCUCGAUGAUCGCUUUCCCUUCCCCUUUGGUCGCUUCGAUAUUUCCCACCCCUUCUUUACUGACCUGAUGGGUGAUUAUGAGGGAUCCGUUGCCUGGCCGAUGACCUACCUUAUGUUUAGUCCCUAUUCGCCUUUAUAUCUGGAGCAUCGAUCUCUCCACGACCGUGGUGUUUUCUCUUCCAUCAUGUCUUCUCUUAGACUUAAGUCUGACAGGGAACCUGGCAAACCGCAAUGGCGCGAGGCUUUCGAGGAUCUGUUGCGUCUGGAGAAUGGGAAACCCAUGCUGGAUCAAGAUUCAACGGCUGUUAGUAAGAGGGAGACCGGAAAGGAGUGGAUUGAGGGCCUAGUGGCACGGGGCAGCCUUGGAAACGACUGGAAAUUUGUCCCUGGGAAGGAUAGCCAGCCUUGGUCUGGCUUUACCAUUGAGAGCUCCAACUUCACCGAAAACAACCGCCCUCAGCUUGAAGCAGGAGAUGCCGAUCGAAAGGAGCAGUCAAGCCAGGAAGAGAACAAGUCCAUAACAGAAGCGGAUCUAUACGAGCACUUUCUUGACCACAUAGAGAAUAAAUUCUUCUCUGAGCUCACACCCCUGAGACGUGCUAUUCUGGAAGAGAAACAGAGAAACCAAGAAAAGCGCGCCGAAAACCAGCCAUCUUCUAAUAAAGUUGUCCGCGACGGUGCCAGUGACAGUUGGGUAGAACAAUUCCGUGGAAAGAACGAAAACCCUGCCAAGGAGUCUACACAGAUUUCGAGCUUCGAAGAAACACGGUCGACAGAGUCAACAGGUCUGCCUAAUGUGGUGUCUACCAUGUCAUCAACGGAACGCAUCCAGCUCCCCGACGGUUCAAUGCGGACCAAGAUCGUCAAGACUAAGCGCUUUGCGGAUGGUCGUGAGGAAACCAAUGAAUCCGUUGAGGUUACCAAUCCACCUCGAUCAGGUGCGGGAUCUGUCUCUGACAGAGAUGAAGCGGAGAAGAGAGAUGGGCCUAAGGGCGGUUGGUUCUGGAAGAACUGA